AUGGCAAACUCAAACGGUGACGCGCCCCCAAGCUACGAGCUCACCGUCAAACCCCCGCCGAGUCUGACGAUCCCCCCGCCUGGUGUACGCGAGAGUGUCGCAAAAACGGCCGACUACGUCGCACGCCGCGGCGAUGGCAUUCUCCACUCCAUGAAGGAGCGCGUUGCGGGCGAUCCGAAGAGCGCAUUGCACUUUGUUGUUGACGAGGACCCGUACUUCCCGUACUUUGCCUGGUACGUGCAAAUGCUAAAGGAAGGCAAAGGCAAGACCACCCAGCAGUCUGCUCAGCACGUAAUCGACAACACGCCCAAAGGCCCCCCGGAGCCAGCGCAGUUCCGAUUCUCCGCGCGUAUGCCCAACAUUAGUGCCAAGGAUCUCGACGUGUUGAAGACGACGGCUCUCUACACUGCGCGCGUGGGUGAAAACUGGCUCAAGGAGCUGCGCACCCGCGAAGCUGGCAACCCACAGUUCGAGUGGCUGCGCGUCAACCACAGCUUCUUCCCGUUCUUCCGCUCCCUUGUUGAGCAGUACAAGAUCCUCCUUGAAGAAGAGAAGACGGUCGAGGCACGCAAGGAAGAGCUACGCCGCAACAUCGAAAACCGCUUCCAUGUACUCGACCGAGCGAAGCAGCGUGCAGAAUACGUCAAGUUCGUUAGCGCGCAGAAGGAAAAGGAAGAAAAGAAGGCCGAGGACGAGAAGAAAGAGUAUGCCACCAUUGACUGGCAAGAUUUCGCUGUUAUUGCAACCGUCUUGUUUGAUGAAGUCGAUGACAACGCAGAUCUCCCUCCGCCCGCGCUUCUCAACGACCUGCAGUCUCAAUCACUCGAACAGAAGGCGGAGGUGUCGCUUUCCACGAGGCGUCUGGAAGAAGCUGCGCCUGACGAACAGACGUACUACAACGUGACCCAGCAAUACGUGCCCCCGCCGAUGCAUCCUGCGUAUCCCAUGGCGCCCGCUGUUCAGGCCCCGUACGGCGCAUAUGCACCUCCACCACAUGAUUACAGGUCGCCAGCCGAGAGGGCGCGCGAGGAGGAGCAGGCACGACAACAGGCUGAGCAAGACCAGAGAGCUCGCGCACAAGCUGCGACGAGGGGCGCUCCUGGUCGCAUUGUUACAGACUACGUUCCCCGCGCAGCCGCAAAGAAGGCCAACGUUGCGCUAGCCGUGUGCCCUAACUGCAAGCAGAGCAUUCCUGCGAACGAGAUGGACGAGCAUAUCCGAAUCGAACUGCUUGACCCUCGCUGGAAAGAACAGCGCGACAAGAUGGAAGCUCGUUACUCGACCACGAUCAACACCGCCGAAGUUGCGAACAACCUCAAACGCUUUGCCAGUCAGCGUGAGGACAUUUAUGAUGGCGUCAGCGGCAACAACGUCUCGCCAGAGGAAGAAGCGCGUAGGAAGAAGGCAGCUCUGUCCUAUGAUGGACAUGUCGAUCCCAACAAGGUGGCGCAAAUGCAGAACGUUAAUCUGCAAGAUCAGCUUCGCGGGAUCCAGGAAAAAUACCGACAGUAA